CGCCGCGCGCGCCCCGCCCGCCCGGGAUCCCGGGAGCUGUCCGGCCGCCGCGGUGCUGAUCCCGCCGCCGCCCACGGGCCGCGAGUCGCACGGAGGGACACUAUGAGCGGGGGCGUCUACGGCGGAGAUGAGGUGGGAGCGCUGGUCUUUGACAUCGGCUCCUUCUCGGUACGCGCUGGGUAUGCCGGCGAGGACUGCCCCAAGGCUGACUUCCCCACCACGGUGGGGCUGCUGGCCGCGGAGGAGGGAGGCGGGCUGGAGCUGGAGGGGGAGAAAGAGAAGAAGGGGAAGAUCUUCCACAUCGACACCAAUGCCCUGCACGUGCCUCGCGAUGGAGCAGAGGUCAUGUCGCCCCUCAAGAAUGGCAUGAUUGAGGACUGGGAGUGCUUCCGAGCCAUCCUGGAUCACACCUACAGCAAACAUGUCAAGUCGGAGCCCAACCUGCACCCAGUGCUCAUGUCUGAGGCUCCGUGGAACACCCGGGCCAAGAGGGAGAAACUGACCGAGUUGAUGUUUGAGCAGUACAACAUCCCCGCCUUCUUCCUGUGCAAGACGGCAGUACUCACUGCCUUUGCAAACGGACGCUCCACAGGCCUUGUGCUGGACAGUGGGGCCACACACACCACAGCCAUUCCAGUGCACGACGGCUAUGUCCUGCAGCAAGGCAUUGUCAAGUCACCCCUGGCAGGGGACUUCAUUUCCAUGCAGUGCCGGGAGCUCUUCCAGGAAAUGGCCAUUGACAUAAUUCCCCCCUACAUGAUUGCAGCCAAGGAGCCUGUCCGGGAGGGUGCCCCCCCAAAUUGGAAGAAGAAGGAGAAGCUUCCCCAAGUCUCCAAGUCCUGGCACAACUACAUGUGCAAUGAGGUGAUCCAGGACUUUCAGGCCUCGGUGCUGCAGGUCUCAGACUCCCCCUAUGAUGAGCAGGUGGCCGCACAGAUGCCCACGGUGCACUAUGAGAUGCCCAAUGGCUACAAUACAGACUAUGGAGCAGAGCGACUCCGCAUCCCCGAGGGCCUGUUUGACCCCUCCAAUGUCAAGGGCCUGUCGGGCAACACCAUGUUGGGUGUGGGCCACGUAGUCACCACCAGCAUCGGCAUGUGCGACAUUGACAUUCGCCCGGGCCUGUACGGCAGCGUCAUCGUCACGGGUGGGAACACGUUGCUGCAGGGCUUCACCGACAGGCUUAACCGAGAGCUUUCCCAGAAGACCCCACCGAGCAUGCGACUGAAGCUCAUCGCCAGCAACAGCACCAUGGAGCGCAAGUUCAGCCCCUGGAUCGGGGGCUCCAUCUUGGCCUCACUGGGCACUUUCCAGCAGAUGUGGAUCUCCAAGCAGGAGUAUGAAGAGGGCGGAAAACAGUGCGUGGAACGGAAGUGCCCCUGAGGCCGCCUCUUCCAAGCGCCCCCCGCAGC